CGACCGUAACCGCCUUAUACUCUCUAUUCACAACCAUGUCUGAGGAGCAGAAGACCACCGUAAACGCGGAGUCCGCACAGGAUGUCCAGAACGUUCUCGCAGAGCUGAAGGAGGAGAAGCCUUCCACUGAGAACGCCGGCCAGGAGGACGCUAACGAGGCGCGCAUCGUCGCUGAAGCCGCCAAGUUGGGAGAGAAGUCCGAGCAGUCCGAAGAGAAGUCGCAGCAGCGCGAGCAGCGCCCUUAUCAGCGCGGUAACAAGGUCAACAACUCCAAGUUCGACCCUUCCACCCAGAAGGAGACCGACGACCCCGUUGAGAUCCGCAAGCAGGUCGAGUUCUACUUCUCCGACUCCAACCUCCCCAUGGACAAGUUCCUCUUCUCCAAGGUCGGCGGCAGCACCAACAAUGCCGUGCCUCUGAGCAUUCUCCACUCCUUUAAGCGCAUGCGCCGCUUCCAGCCUUUCAGCGCUAUCGUCGAGGCACUCAAGUCUUCCGAGACUCUGGAGCUGGUCGACAACGACUCCGCAGUCAAGCGCAAGGUCCCUCUGCCCGAGUCCGUUAGCCAGGAACACAACACCGAUGCCAUCAAGGUCUUCGAGGACAAGGCCAUGCCCCGCAGCAUCUACGCCAAGGGCUUCGGGCGGUUUGGUUCCGAGGAGCCCACUACGCAGCUCGAUAUCGAGGCCUUCUUCGAGCCCUAUGGCCCCAUCAAGGCUGUUCGUCUCCGCCGUACCAACGACAAGGUCUUCAAGGGCAGUGUCUUUGUUGAGUUUGAAGACGAGGAGAAGCAGAAGGCGUUCCUGGCUCUCGACCCCAAGCCUCAGUGGAAAGGGGAGGACUUGACCAUCAAGAGCAAGAAGCAGUACUGCGACGAGAAAGUGGAGGAGAUCAAGGCCGGCAAGGUGCACCCUAGCGCCAAUCGGGGUCGUGGCGGCCGAGGCCGUGGCGGUCGUGGCCGUGGUGGCCGUGGUGGCCGUGGCGGUCGUGACCGCAACAACGAACGCGACUGGCGGGAUCGUCGCAACGACGACCAGAAGAACGGCUUCCAGGAAAGCCGUGAGGCGCAGAAGGAUUCUCGUGGUGUCCCCGUUGUGCAGAGCACCGGUCAGAAGCGUUCCGCCGACGGCGAGGCAAAUGGUGACCGCGCCGCCAAGAAGGUGGAUGCCAAGGAGUAAAUCACCAUCAGCAUCGCACUUUUCUACGGUCUCUCUUUUCCUCGGUUAAUGGGCGGAAACCAAAAGUUUUACGAAACGUUCAUCCCUUGUGUUUAGGUGGUUUUUAUGGGGCGGACCCCCAUCGGCGUUAAUAGCACUCGGUUCAUAACGAUGUAGAUGUGUUCCAAAUCUUUUCCACUGUUACCGUCA